CUUCAUACUCUGUCCAUUAGAGCUCCCGCAGUCUCCCGUCUCCUCCCUCCCCGCUAUAAAUAAAUUCGAGAGCCUUCCUCCAGGGCGAGCCGCUCUGUGUCCAGCCAGCAGCGGCCGUCGGCAAGUACGUACUUGGUGGUUCGGUUUCCCUCGAGUCGCGGCAAUCAGCCGAGGACGGCCGGUCGGUUGAGGAAGGAGGGGAAGCGGCAUGGACUGCGGCGGUGAGGAGCAGGCGAGGCAGAACGGCCAUGCCGGCGACGGCGGCGACCCGGCCGAGUGGAAGAUGGUGGCCGAGCUCCGGGCCGUGGUGGAGGCGCAGGACCCCGCAGCCAAGGAGGAGGACGACUUCAUGCUGCGGCGGUUCCUGCGCGCCCGUGACCACAACGUCGGCAAGGCGUCGGCGAUGUUCCUCAAGUACCUCGCAUGGAAGCGCGCCGCCAAGCCGCGGGGAUCCAUCACCGAGGCCGAGGUGCGCGGCGAGCUCGUGCAGGACAAGCUCUACGUGCAGGGCUUCGACAAGACGGGCCGCCCCAUGAUCUACCUCUUCGGCAACCGGCACUUCGCCGCCAAGCGCGACCUCGAGGAGUUCAAGCGCUAUGUCGUCUACAUCCUCGACAGCACCUGCACCAAGUUGCCGGCGGGGCAGGAGAAGUUUGCGUCGGUGGUGGAUCUGAAGGGGUGGGGGUACGCGAACUGCGACAUCCGGGCAAAGCUGGCGGCGUUGGAGAUCAUGCAGAACUGCUACCCGGAGCGGCUGGGCCGGGUGUUCCUGAUCCACGUGCCUUACGUGUUCAUGGCGGCGUGGAAGAUGGUGUACCCCUUCAUCGACGACAACACCAAGAAGAAGUUCGUUUUCGUAGCUGACAAGGACCUCGACGCCACGCUCCGGGACGCCAUCGACGUGUCUCAGCUGCCCGAGCAGUACGGCGGUAAGCUCAGACUUGAGGGGUACAAGAGCUCGUCGACAUGCAACUGAUCCAUGUAUUAUGGAUGUCCAAUUGUGCGCAAGUAUGUAACAUUGCCACGCUUGAUAAGUAUAAGUAAUACUUCUCCAUUCAUCUAUGCAAGGCCGUUUUUUA